CUUCUGUCGGGGAGGUAGAGACGGUGCUACGGAUGCCUCUGCUGUUAUGGCUUGAUGCAGAGCCUGUCGGUAUUUGUUGCAUUGUCGCAAGAACAUAUAAGCGAAACAACAGUCAUCUUGUGGAGUUUGCCACAACGAAAAAUUUUUGUGAUACGCGAGACAAAAGUGAAGAACAGGAUUGUCAUCUGUGACAACAGUGAAAUUUGACUUCAGCAAGAGAUGUAAACUGUUUGUAAAAAAAAAAGCUCUGAUGAAACCUGAAUAGAACUGAAGAUUUCAUCAGUUUGUGAAGAACGUUAUGCAGAAUGAAAUGGCAAGUGAUAAUGGUGCUGGAGAUAAACUGAUACCAGGAACUAGCAAUGACCACCAGCUUCCAAGAGACGUCUAUGGUAAUCAGCCACUGCAAAGGGGGAAACACCCAGCAUCACGUGCACUAGAGAAGGAAAUAAAAAGAGAACUUUCUGCUAUAGAUAAUGAUUCUGGUGGUAACAGACACAAGGACAAGGUUCCUCUGCUUCAGGAUGCUGAAGACAUGUUCUUUGAUGCAAAGAGUUUCCUCCCUUCUUUGACCUUGCCAUGGGGGCAAGAGAUGCAAAGGCACUCAUUGGACCAUUGCCUUGAGGACCUUACCUGGUCUCAGGCAGUUCUUUUGGAUGAGGGGGCGGGAGAAGCAACAGUAGCUGAUGACAUAGGGAAUGAUGAAUCAGAGUUGACAGAGAAUCGCACAAAUGAAUCAGUUGUAAAGUUGGUUCAGGUAUUGAAGUACUCGCAGUCUGAUUGGAACAAAAUGAAACAAGAAUUGGAGCUCAGCUUUCAAGCUCAACUUUUAGCCAAAGAGCGUGAAUGGAGUCUGAAAUUGGCAGACCGAGAUGCUCGUAUUUUAACAGUUGAGGAAGGCAGUAAGAAGCUUAAACAAACAAAUGAUGACAUGAGAGCUGUUGUUGCAGAAUUUGAAAGGACUAUUGCACAACUACAGUCUGAGAAAGAGAAGACAAAUAAUGCAACACAACAGUCUUUACAAGAUGUUUUGAAGGAACGUGAUCAGGCUCUGGAAGACUUGCAGUCUGUUGAAACGGCAUUUUCUGAUCUGCACCGGCGAUAUGAGAAGACCAAAAGUGUUAUGGAGGGCUUCAAACAGAAUGAGGAAGUUCUGAAGAAGUGUGUGCAGGAACUCCAGACUAAACUUAAAAAGAUGGAACAAAAGAUGCAACAGCUAAAGAUCCAGGCAGAAGAAAAAUUAGAUAGGGCUACAGAAGAGAUUGACAAGGUCCAGAAGAUAAAUGCCUCUGACAUUGCUCGUCUGGAAGCAGCGCUGAAAAAGGCAGAUCUGCAGAUUCAGAGCUUGGAGAACAGUCUUGACCAGAAGAUAAAAGAAAACAAAGAACUUGCAGCAAUUUGUGAUGAACUCAUAGCAAAAGUUCAGUAGGUUGCCACUAAUGCUGGACAAGACUGCAAAUCUACUGGAGUCACUGAACACAAAACAGUUUCAUCUUACUGUUACUUAUUGACAGUCUGGGGAAUGUGAAAAACUUGUUAUUGAUGUAGAAAUUGAGAUGUGCUUAUCAUGGAAUACAAACCAAGACAAAGGGAAUUAAUUUUGUUGACACUUUUUAUACAAACUGGAACAAAAGAAUAAUAGUUAGCAGGACUUUAUCCAUUAUUUUGUGUUUUGAUUUGCAUUAUAAAUGUACUUUCUAUAAAUAGAAGUCUGUAAGAGGAUGUAGUUACACCCAGUACUAGAAGACAAGUGUCCAGCAUUUCUAUUUACUUUAAUGGGAAACAUUAGAAAUUAUACUGUACACACAUUUUAUGCAUGUUUAUUAAAAUGAUGAUGAUUAAACAUAUGUUUUAUUGCAUAAGUGCAAAUUUGAGAACAAAGUAGAUGUGAUGAAGUGUUAGUUAAUUCUUGCUAUUUAUAUCUCUUCCCAUAGAAAGACUCAGACUUUAAGACUAAAUGCAGUUUAACUUGAUUCAAACAUCAAAUCAACUCACAAAUGCUGGCAGAUUAAUUAAAAAAAAAAAACUUAGUAAUUUCAUUAGUUUGUCACAAAAGUAUAUUUUAAAAAUCAAAGGAGGGAUAAAAACACAAAUGGACUGACUGGCAUUCUGACCAGAUGUCAUUGAAAGCCAUGGCCAGUGCAAGAACUUGCACUCACAUGGGGACUGAUGAGAUGUUGUGAGAAAGUACAGCCUUCUUUUUUGAUGUCAGAACUAGUUUGUUACUAAAAUGCAGAUCAAAACUGCUUUGUUUGAAGAUUUAAAUCUAUUGAAUGGGAACAAUGUUAUUCAUUUAGAAUUGGAGCCUUAAUAAUAUCUUGCAGUGAACUAAACAGUCAUUUGAAAAUAAUUUAAAUCUAAAGAGUAGUAAGUUUUAUUUUGCCUUUUUUUUCUUUUUAGCAUAUACCUUUCAAUUGAUAACAUUUUCACAAUAACCUAGUACCAAAAUUCAGGUUUUUUUAAAAUAAAACCAUCGCUGGUUAAAUAAUAAAUUAUCUGUGGUAUUUGUAUAUACUUCUGGUCUUUAAAGGUGCCUGUUCUUUUAUUUAAUUUUGAACUUUUCUUCUUUGUUUCCUCAUUCUUCUUCAUCCCCAUAAUGUCCACAUCCAUUCAGCAUUCAUAUCUCUUUCAUUCUGUCAUUUAUUAAUAAUACAUUACAUGUUUCUAAUGUUUCCAUAGCAAUUAAUGAGUUUUUAAAGUACCUUUUAUAUUUCAUUUAGUAUGAAAUAUUCAGAAUCAUUUAUUGAAGAAAUCCUAUGAGAGAGACCAAGAGUGUUUGUGUGUGCAUGCAAAAAAAGAUUUCAGUGAAACCAGCAGAAUGUUAUGUGAUUUCACUGUUAUUUUCAUCUUGGAAGUUAGCACACUACAUUAUAAUUACAAGAAAUUGAUUAAGCUAACAUUAGUGACGUACAAGUCAAAUAAUUACUAGAAGAAAUGUUGGGAAAAUAAAGUUCUGUAUUGCUGUCUUCA